AUGCAGACAGGGUUUGAAUUUACUGUGCAGAUAGCUCAGUAUAAAGACAACAAGAAGCAGCGGCAGCAUGAGAAGAUGGAUGCUUCCAGAGGUACCCCAACAUCAUCAUACAUCCCGGAUGAUAUGACAGAGGGCUUGGAUGGUAAGAGCCAAGCAGCCUAUUUGGAGAACAGGGCAAAGAGAGAAGCUGAUGCUUUGCAGCCAGAAGGAUUCACCAGCAUGGGUGAGAUCAGCAAUUUGGAGGAGCUGGAACAGCCAUGUGGCAGACGCAUCACAGCCACUGAUCUCGAGCUGGAGAAGAUGAGGUGGGAUUCUGCACUGACCAGGAUGAAACACAAACAUGAAGACAAUGAAAAGCAACGGCAGCAUGAGAAGACUAUGGAGCAGAUACGUCAACAGGCAACACCCAGAUCAUUUGGCCAAGGACUCCAUGACCUACUCCAGCCCCAGAACCAGUACACCUUGUUUCUAGACUGCUUCAUCUUUAUACACCUCAUUUACACAGUGAGGGAGCUGGCGUUCUAUUUUGUUAUAAAACACUACUUGUUUUGUUUUGCCAUUGUGCUCUAUUUCAUUUUCAAGAAGAUUUUCCAGGAUUGCAAAAAUAAGAAAAAAUGUUGCUAA